AGUCGGCCGGCGAACUCGCGUGCCGAGCCUUCGUUUCCGGUGCGCAGCGGUGUGUGCGUGUGUGUACGCUGGACUUGGCUCCUGACCCCCUCGUCCGCGCGCGCGCGCCUGAUUUUCGCCGCUAACGAGAGAACAGCACACACGAAGUUAUACACCACUGGCAGUCGCAAGGCUGCGGCGCGUCGUUCGACACCGCUGUCGCUGCGGGAAAUAUUUUUCUCUCCAACCGCCGCGUCGAAUAUCGGUCUCGAUCACUGGAAAAAAUACAAUGAGUGCCCGCGAAAGAUGAUUCUACCGCGCGAGACGUAUAUCAGUCGUUAUACGAUGCGUACACGUCCUUCUCUCUCACUUUUUCGCGAACGCGCGAAUGUCGAUGGUGCGUCGUCAAUGUGAUACUAGUGUUUUUCCCUAUACAGUGUGCUCCGUAGGUGAAUUCAGUGCGCGGACUACAUAUAAAUGCAUGUACAACAACUGACGGUAUUCCAUUGAAUACACAUAUAACCUUCUCUCGUUCGUGUGUCUCUGACAGUCCCGCUAUACGAGAGUGAGAGCGAGAGGGAGUCGAUGAACGGCUUAACUCCCAUAUCCUCCCGUGCACACAUGACGUAUCGACAUAGUCGAAGCCAAGAAGACGACGACGCCUCUGUACGGCUCCAGCACUCGAACCUUAUCAUCGUCAUCGAGUAAAGUAAGAUCGAGCCCGUAUCCCGGGCUGUAUGCACAGGGGAAAGGUAUAUUCAAAACCGGCUAAUUGUGAGAAGUGAAGUGCGCGCGUGCAAAGGCGCGACGAGAAGAGGAAGCUACGCGUACACACAGGGGCUGCUCUGAAGAGCCGAAAGAAGAAGAAGAAGCUGGGGCGCAGCCGGCGUUAGUUAAAAAGUGCAGGCGGGGGCAGAGUCAUAGUCGCCGUGCAGCGCUCUGUGCAACGGAGAGAGAAAGAGAGAGGGAAAGAAGCCUGACAGAGUCACCGCUCCACUAAAUCAAAACCGCCUUUGAACCUACCAACAGCCGUAACUAACCAAAGAACUGCCUAACUCUCGGAAAAUGCUAACAAUCUAACAAUAACUCCAAAACCUCCCCAUAUAAAGUAGCGAUAAAAGCCCGAAUAUCAAGCUCGCGACGGUUGACCAACUCUAUCACAGGCAGCGAUCAUGCUAAUGGUGGAAGAUGCGCAGGACGAACAGCACGGGCCUGAGGCUGGACCUGACGGAGAACACGCCAGAUAGCUUGGCGAAUUCAGCGUCGCGCCUCCCGAACCUCGUGGUCGAGCAUGCCGAGCAGCUUCACCACCCACACGAGCUCUACAACCAUCAUAACCACCAUCAGCAGCAGCAGCAGCAGCAAGUGAUAGGCGAAAACUUGAACAGCAAGCUGCCCAACGUCGUCGAGGGCUCAAUGGACUAUGGUAGCGAGCGCAGGUCCUCCCGUUACCUUGCGGACUACGACGCGGCGGCGGCAGCCGGCGUCAAGUCCAUCUACCACCAGGACGUCGUUGCGCCCUCGUCGUCCCUCAACUACGUCGUCGCCGAGAGCGGCUACCUCGACAGGGGCUAUCAUCCUAUCAGGACCGGGACCUACGAGAGGUGCAAGACUGCGACGUUCGAGAGGGACAACCUCGAGCGCUACGACAACAGGAUAUACCCCGAGGACGGCAGCCUGAGGUAUGACAGAGCCAGGAACGAACGGACCUACCAGGAGUCCGACCUGGACGCGCCUUACGAGCCGGCGAAGACCGUCAGGAGUUACGCUCCGGAAACCGUGCAGGACGGCAACAGGCGAUACUCGCGUGACCUCACGGACUACGAGUACGCGCGGUACGCCGAGGAGACGCUCAAGCUCGAAUCGAAGAAACCAGGGGGUAGCAAGGUCACGUACGAGGUGAGCACGACCAAGGGCUACGAGUCCGGCGUCAAGACGAAUAACCGUGACCAGGCUUACGAGUUGGCCACCCAGCAGGAUCUCGCGGGCAGGGCCUACGUCGACCCGAGCAAGUACCACUCAGUGGGCAAGAUGUACGGCACCUUGCCCAGGUUCGAGUCCUCGGGAUCCAAGUACGAGAGCGAGUACGAACGCGGCGCUGCGUCGAACCUCUCAUCCGCUGGCGUGGGCACUGGCUACGAGACGACUACUCGCCGGGCCAAGGUCUACGAGGGCAUCAAGUACGAGCUCACCACCUCCAAGAGCUACGAGAGAGCUAAGUACGACACAACAGGCAGCGGCUCCUCCAGGUACAACGACGGCACGUCCAAGUCUUACGAGCAGACGCUGAAGAUCGGCGAGAGCUCCGCGGAACUCGACGGUGGCUACAACUCCAGAAAGAACCCAGAAACCGAGGAGACCACUGGCACGACCGGUAGUGGCACCCAGGAGAAGUUGAACGGCUACAGGAAGAACAACUUUGAGGCCUACGGGGUGUACUCCGACCCCGAGGACGAUCACGGAUUUAUCGCCGAGAAGAAGACGCCCCAGUACAACUACAAGGGUGUCGUGGUAAACGCGAGCGGGGAGUCCAGUGUGGUGGAGCAGAAGAGAGCCAAGGAGGCCGGCCAGACGGAAAUGAGUGGCAGCCCCUGGUGCAGACCGACGAUACUGCUGCUGCUGCUGGUCCUGUUGGUCGUCAUAUUCGUACUCGUCGCUGGAAUUCUGUUAUAUUUUAACUAUAUGUCCUACAAGCCUCGCCAUCCCGUAAUCGAGGGUAAGGAUCUAAAUUACGCCAGUAAUAACGCCGAACCCUGCGAGAUCACGUUCUGCGGAUGGGGUAUGAGCUGCGUGAUCUCGGAGAGCGGCAAGGCUAUGUGCCAGUGCCCCUCCGGUUGCCCGGAGAGCUACUCGCCCGUCUGCGGUGACGACGGCGUCACCUACGACAACGACUGUCAGCUGCGCCGGGCCAGCUGCCAGAAGCGCAAGGACACGCGAGUCAAGCACCAGGGCGCCUGCGGUAUGUAUCUCUACUCACUUAUCUACACAACUAUAACACAAAAAGCCGACCCAUGCGAGAAGCUCGAGUGCUCGCUAGGCUCGCACUGCGUGCGCAGUCGCGACGGCACCGAGGCCAAGUGCGAGUGCAUGGAGUCGUGUCCGAGCCUCGGAGAUCACGAGGGCGCCGGCCCUGUCUGUGGCUCCGACGGCGUGGAUUACCCGAGUCUCUGCGAGCUUAAUCGCGUCGCCUGCACUCGGGCCGUAAACAUCACAGUUGCCUUCCAUGGAAAGUGCGAUCCCUGCGCAGGCGUGCAGUGCACCGAGCCGGAAGUCUGCCAGUUGGAGGCCUCGAGGCAGCCAGUCUGCCGGUGCAGCGAACAAUGCGCCCCUGAAAUCUCUCCGGUCUGUGGCAGCGAUGGCAAAACUUACUCGAACGAGUGCGAGCUGCUCCAAGAGGCCUGCCGCUCUCGACUCCACGAUAAGCUACGCAUGAUAUCCAGCGGCGCCUGCAAUUCUGGGACGAACCCGUGCGAAGGCGCCAAAUGCGGUCCGCAGGAGCAGUGCGCGAUCGAUCGUUACGGCAUCGCCAAGUGCGAAUGCGGCCCGGAGUGCGAACCGGUAAUGAGGCCGGUCUGCGCCCGAGGCGGCACGACCUAUCCUUCGCUCUGCGAGCUCAAGAGACAGGCCUGCUCCACGAGGAGCAACAUCGGGCUCGCCUACGUCGGCACCUGCGGCUCCAAGGGACCCUGCUCCGAAAAGAUCUGCCAAUGGGGUGCAGUGUGCAGCGAGAACAGUAACGACGAGGCGACCUGCGAGUGUCCCAAGUGCAGCGGCGAGUUCAAGCCUGUCUGCGGCGACGACGGUAUAAGCUACGGCAACGAGUGCAAGCUCCGCCUCGAGGCCUGCCAACACAGACGCGAGAUUCGCAUCCUCUACCACGAGCAGUGCAACGGCUGCGAGAACAUGAAGUGCGAGCAUUACGCCAGGUGCGAGAGCGACGCCAGUGGCGAGGCUAAGUGCGUCUGUCCCGACAACUGCGAGGAGAUGGAGUCUGGAAGUUCGAACGAAGUUUGCGGCUCCGACGGGAUGACCUACGAGAACGAAUGCGAACUGAAGAAAGCUUCCUGUGCCGACCAAACCCUCAUCGUGGUCAACUAUAAGGGAGCUUGCGAGCUCUGCAGCACGAUAAAGUGCGAGAACGGCGCCCGUUGCGAGGCAGGUAACUGCGUCUGUCCGGAGACUUGUCCAGAGCCGACGGGUGACUACGUCUGCGGCAGCGACACCAAGACCUACGCCAGCGAGUGCGAGCUGCAGAAAGCCGCCUGCCAACGCGAACCGAACCAGCCCGGGCUUCACGUCAUCUUCUACGGCGAAUGCGGCGCUGGAUUCCCCGUUGCUGCUCUGACAACGAUGUCAACGCCAUCAAUAACCCGGCUAGUAACCUCAUCCGAGGUGACGAGCAGUCCUGAACUCGAGGCCUGUCGCGACAUCCACUGCGACUUUAACGCUACCUGCGAACUUGGUCCCGACAAGUUUCCCCGUUGCAGCUGCAAGUUCGACUGCGCUUCGAUCGCGCCCGAGAACAUGAAGCCCGUCUGCGGCAGCGACAUGCGCACCUACGCCAGCAAGUGCCACAUGCUCAUGCAGGCCUGUCAGAGGCAGCAGGAGCUCAGGCUCAGACCGCUCGAGAUCUGCCAAGGUAUGGAAGCGAAACCGUGUAACGGCGAGCAGCCCCUCGUCGACUCCGAGGGCAACGAGUACGACUGCGGCAGUGGACCGAACCGUCGAGACUGCCCAAGCCACACUUACUGCCAUCAAACGCCGAGAUUUGCGCGCUGCUGUAAGAAAGGCAUGCAAUCAUCGAGGUGCGAGGACUCGUAUCACGGCUGCUGCCCCGACGGCAAAACCGCGGCUCUUGGUCCCGACGAAGCUGGUUGUCCCAAUCAGUGCGGCUGCAAUCGACUGGGAAGUCUGUCGGACACUUGCGAUCCCGAGACCGGACAGUGCGAGUGCCGACCGGGCGUCGGAGGAAUCAAGUGCGACAGAUGCAUGCCCGGCUACUGGGGCCUGUCCAAAGUCGGCAAGGGCGUCAAGGGUUGCAUUCCUUGUGGCUGCUCGCUCUUCGGAUCGACUCGCGAGGACUGCGAACAGAUGACGGGCUUCUGCGUCUGCAGACCCAAGAUCCAGGGACAGAAGUGCACGAUCUGCGCCGAUCACAAUAAGAUUCUGACUCCCAGAGGAUGUCAGCUAGCUGAUGCAGUCCUGCCGAUACCAGCGAGCUGCAACGAGCUCGAGUGCUACGCAGGAGCGCACUGCUCCGAGUCCAGCAUCGGAGGCAUCGGAGGUCCCCAGUGUAUCUGCCCACCGGGUUGUCCCGAGGACACACCGGCCAUCUCGGUCUGCGGCAGCGACGGCCAGACCUACGACAACGAGUGCGAGCUCAGGCUUUACGCCUGCCGCUACCAAACCGACGUCGUAACCCAGGCCUUCGGCCAUUGCCGAGACAAUUCGAUAACGAACACGGACUCGCCGGUGAAGAGGUUCACGGCUGUUCAUUACACGCAACCGGCUGCUGCCAUUUCACCUUUAUCCAAGUCGACGAGGCACUUGAUGGUGCCGGAACCCGAUGCCCGACUCUACUAUACGAAUCGCGCGCACCAAGAAACCAUACCCGUUGACAAGAAGAAUCUCAAACACGGUUCGGCCGCGGCUUAUCGACCAACUCCCGCGACCAUCAGGGUGGUAACGCCGCUGCUGGGCGACUUCUGCAACGACGACAAGGACUGCAGUAUACUGAACAGCGUUUGCAUAAACGGCCGGUGCAUUUGCAGCGACGGCUUUGCCGAGACCAGCGACCGACAGGACUGCUCCAGUUUAGCAAACUACGCGCCAGUGACGCCGACGGAGGAGUUCCACGCCUGCCUCUCGUCACCCUGUCACGCAUCGUCGACCUGUAUCGACCUGCCGGGCGCCACGUAUACGUGCCGUUGUCGCGAGAACUACACGGGUUUUCAUUGCGACGAGGAGAUCAAUCGCCGGGACUACGAGGUCGCCUCCUUCGACAGUAAGAGCUACGUGCGCAUGAAUCGGCUUAACGCCUACCACAAGUUCAGCAUCGAGGUGGAGUUCAAGACUUACGCGGAGAACGGCAUACUACUCUACGAUCAGCAGAAGCAGGACGGAACCGGGGAUUUCGUGUCGCUCGCCAUUGUCGAUGGAUUUGUCCAGUUCAGGUACAAUUUGGGUAACGGUGCGGUGAUUCUGACGUCACCAGAACGAGUGUCGAUGAAGGAGUUCCACAAAGUCGUUGCUCAGCGGUACCACAAGGACGGUAUUCUUAAAUUCAACGAUGGCGAGGAAGUCGUCGGGCAGAGCGAAGGGAUGCUGAAGAGCCUCGAUCUGAAUCAAGACACGUUCAUCGGCAACAUACCUACCAACUACAGCAAGGUAUUCGACAAUAUCGGAACGUCGCACGGCUUCCUCGGUUGCAUCCGCAAGCUCCGCAUCAAUCGAGUACCGAUCGAUCUUCAUCUCGGCUACGACAAGGACAUCAUCGAGACCUAUCGCGUGAAGGAGUGCCGAGAAAACGGAUGUGCCAACCUGCCCUGUCAGAACGGCGCUACCUGCCAGCCCAUCUUCGAGGAAGACCUGAAUUGCGAGGGCAGGGAUUGCCUGGUUGGACCUAGAGCCAAGAGACGCAGUCUCAGGAAACGCAAGGAACGACGCACCAGCUCCGACCUGAAUAUCGUCAAGUGUAAAGGAAGUCACUGCGGUGGUCUGGACCGACCGGUCUCCAGAGAUCGGAAAAACAACGGACCUGACAACCCUAAGAAGAUGUGCCUAGGACCAGUUUGCGAUUACGAGUACGACCUGGACGAGGAAGAGAGCUAUGAGCACCAGGGCUACGAGGCUUUCGACCAGGAGUACCAGUGCAUCUGUCCACCACAGUACACCGGGAAGAACUGUGAAGAUUCUCUGGAUCCUUGUAUGAGCGAGCCGUGCCAUCACAGCGCAACCUGCGAUAUCCUUCCUGAGGGAGGCUACCUGUGCAAGUGUCCACCGGGAAGAACCGGCAUCCACUGCGAAAACUUGGACGCCGAAUUGACGGAGUUCCUGAUCCCAGAGCUCACGGGCGACGGCUUCCUAGAGCUGACCUGUCUCGAAGGCGUCGCCAGAACCUUCUCGAUCGAACUCUGGUUCCUAACUCGUGCCAAGGACGGCCUACUUUUGUACAACGGUCAACUCAACACCGGCCGAGGUGACUUCAUCAGCUUGAACCUGGUCCAAGGCAGGCUGGAGUUUCGAUUCAACCUGGGCAGCGGCAUCGCCAACAUCACCUCUCCGGACAUUGUAAGCCUUGACACCUGGCACAGCGUGAGGAUCAGCCGACUGGAACGAGAAGGUCUGCUUAGGCUGGACAAUGGCACUGUUGCCAGAGGCUUCUCCGGUAGUCCUUUGGUCGAACUCAAUUUAGAGAUGCCAUUGUACAUCGGCGGUGUGAGACACUGGCGCGAGGUGCACAGGUUGGCCGGAGCCACGACGGGCCUAUACGGAGCCGUCCAGCGGCUGAUGGUGAACGAGAAAACUUACCAGAACCUCGCCGUUAACGUCACCCAGCACAAUACCAAGAUCUACGACGGCUUACCCUGUCCGAGCGAUUCGAAUCCAUGCAGAAACGGGGGAGUUUGCUUCCCCCUCCUGAACAGCUUCUUCUGCAAGUGCAGAGACGGCUACGACGGCAUCAACUGCGAAUUCUUUAUGGGAGGUUACGACUCUUCGGGCGGAGAAGUGGCCGAGCAAGCUGUGCGGUUCAACGGAGACAACUACUUGCAGUUCAAACACCGAUUCGGAAGAAGUCCUAACGCUACUAAUACCACGCUCGGCGAUUACGUCGACGAGUCCUACACUGACUACGACACGGAGGACGAUGUCGACGACGAUUAUGAGAAUUACGACUACAGUGAGAGGCGGGAACAGCAAUCGAAUAAAUUCGAAUUGAGAUUGAGGACGACUCAUCCGGAAGGCGUUAUCGCAUGGGUCGGCAGGGGAAAAUUGGAGCAUCUGAUGCUGUCGCUGCACGACGGCUUCGUCGUGCUCACCUAUCGUGGCAAGGGGGACGAGUUCACCAUCAGCAGCAAGGAACGCGUGGACGACGGUUUCUUCCACCACAUCAAAGCGAUCCGACGUCGUCGCCAGACGACCUUGCAAGUGGACGAGCAGCAGCCGAUAAAACGCUUCGUCGAGAGCGGCCCCCUGACAACGAACGGCAAGCUCUUCGUGGGCGGUAGACCGGGUCACAGAGGCCUCAAAGCUUGCGUCCGUGAUUUCGUGGUCGACAAGCGCCGGCUACGUCUGACCAGGCGGAAGAUCGAGCUCUGCCACGAGAACGACGUCUGAUAGUCGCCGAACGAUCCGGAUGAAGACUCUCUUGUCGCGAGUGUAUAGUGUUAACGUUCAGUUAUGCUUGUAUCCGCGAGUCUUGCUGGAAGCCCAUCAGGGAGAAAUUCGUGACUGGCCCGCGAGCUUAUGUAAAUAUAGGGUUUGAUCGCUUUGUCUUCUUCUCGUAUAUCAUGUGCGAAUGAUUACGUAAUAAGCGAGCCGGUUUUUACAACUAACUAUAUACGAGUGUUUAGUUGAAUUCACUACUAACGAGCUUUGGUUUGCCUUUAUUCUACGAUUACGAUGUUAAGAGCGCGUGCAUGUCGUCGUUAUGUCUCGCUCUUACAAUUAGUUUUCGUUUUUCUUUCUUAGAUCGCCUCAAAGUGUAUUCUGUAAACAAAAAAAAGGAAAACAUGCAACUAAUUGUGAUAAUAAGUGUUAGUAGAAAUUCGUACACAAUGACUAGGGCUUUAAUGAAUUGUUCAACGAAUUCACGACGAGUACUAUACGGUUAUUCACAAUUUUCGAACUAAGAUACGAUAAACGGGGCAUCUCCAGCAAGAGGCGAAAGAAAAUCUCUUUUAAACAGUAUAUGAAGCGUACGUGUAAAAUCAGUUAGACACAUUUACUUUGUAAGGAUUAUUUUAACUUAGAGCUAUAUAUAGUAUAUACAUUGUAAAGGUGUAUGCAUAAUGAAAGACACUAAAAAAUAAGAGUCGGCGAUUCAUCGGCAGCUGAAUGAAGCUGUGGUGAAGAAUGUAAAAGGUGAAGUUCAAGUGCUACGUUCUCAUCGAAGGACAAUAAUAUAUUUUUAAGAAACCAAUCCGCGCCCGCACGCGCGGACUAUAAAUAUAUAAAUAUACAUUGGAAUACGUGAAUGUAUUUACGAAUUUAUUGCGUAUACGUAAGUCCGCGUGCUGAGAAAUUGUAUAACUUUUUUCCACAACAAUGAAUACGAAAUUUGUUUACUGUCGCGAGAAAGAGAGAGAUUUGCACAAUACACAAAUGUUGAACGAGAGAAGAGUAAGAAAUUAAUAAAUAUUUAAAUGUUGAAUUUGUACAACUAUUACGAGAGAAUAAGAAAUAGUCGAAUUACGUUUCUUGUUAGUGUUUACUAUAUAUUUCUUGAAGAGAAACAAAUGUACACAUACUCGCACACGUGUGUGUGUGUGUGUGUAUAUAUAUAUAUAUAUAUAUAUAUAUAUAUAUAUA